AUGGCUGCUCAAGCAAACUUACCUCAGAUGAAAUCGAUCUGGAUCGAUGAAGACCAGGAGGCUGAAAAGCUGUAUGGGCUGCAAGCACAGCAUUUAAUGGACUCUGACGACGAAGAGCAGGUUGAUGUUGUAAUGAUUAAUAGUGACAGACCGGUUCUGAACAAUAAGAAGAAAAUUGAUCUACCACCUCUAAUUCCAACUGCGUAUAAACGCACUGUCAAGAAAGUAACAGUUAAGUCGCAGGAUCAAAACGUUCUCGAAAUCAAGGGAAACAAGCUACUAAAAUUCUUUAAGUCAAAGCAGUCUCGCCAAUCAUCGAAGCAGACCAAAAUUUCUGUUCCAUUCAACUUCCAGCACAUUUCCCAUGCGGAUGUCAAAAGUAUGCUUGACGAUGAUAUUCCCGAAGAUAACAACGAAAUCAAAGAGCUAGACAAUUGCAACUUAGACAAAGCCUUUGUAACUGAAAGACUGCCUCAGAUUUCCGAUAAUCGCAAAAGAGAGAAGUCUUUCAGUUCUAAGUCCUCGAUUGAACGUCGUUCUAUUUCUAUUUCAUCUUCUCAAUACUCUAAUAUGAGCGGGCGGAUAGUUUCAACAUCGACGAUGGCUACUUCCGUACUUGAGGAAGGUAAUCGUUCAUUGAGCAAAUUGAACAAUUUAGAAAAGAUGCACCUCAAGCAUAGAUACAACAAAUCGGAGUCCAGUAGUAUAUCUGUUGAUUUCUUGAAGAAUUACCAAUUUCCAACCGUGUUGGAAGAUGCUUCGUUACUUGAAUUCAAGACGCCGGAUAUGUCGAAAGAGAAGAUAGACAGAUUUGUAUGGGAAUCACCAGAAAACACGGCAGAACUUCUUGAAACAAUGAUAGGAAACGACUGUUCUAAGGUAACCAAAAUGUUGUCUAGAAGAAAGUCAGACUCUCAACUUAUUGUGACACCCGUUGUGGAUCAGAAUUCAUCUUUCUUGGAUACUCCAAGGACUAGGAGAUCUGUCGAUGACGUACUUCUCUGCUAUCAUCAAACAAGUGAGACGAGCUCUCAUGUCCGUGGAUCAAGCGAGUUUUCAUUUGAAGACAACUCGAGUACCGUCCAACAUCCACUUUCCAAGUGGGAUAAAGAUACUGAAACUUUUAUGGUAUGA